AUGGCUUCAAUCAACUGGUUGGGUUUCUCCCUCUCCCCCCAACAUCACCAACACCAACUCCCCCACCACCCUCACGCCGUCUCCGCCGCUGCCUUCACCACCGACCAAAUCUCCGCCUCUGACGUCCCCGCCGUCUGCUUUGACAACCUUCCUUCCUCCUAUGGCGUCUAUGACUCUCAAGAUUGGAAUAGUGUGAAGGGUUUAGGGCAGACUCAAAGUUCGGAUUUUUCUGGUUUAAUCGACACCCAUCACCAACCAAAGCUUGAAAAUUUCCUCGGCCACCACUCUUUCACCGACCACGACCACGCCGCCGCCGCCGUCGUCUACACCAAUGCAUCCGCCAACUACAUCUUCCAAAAUUGUUCUUUGGAGCUUCCAUCUGAGCCAAACGGCGGAAGCGGUGACGGCGGUGGAAGACCCAACCCCAGUAACGGCAACGGCAACGGCAACGGCAACUAUACUAGCUCUAUUGGGUUGUCUAUGAUCAAGACGUGGCUGAGAAACCAACCGGCGCCGCCGCAAGCGGUGGCUAAAAGCGGCGGAGAUCACGACGGAGCAAUAGGAAAACCUAAUAUCACAAACCCACAUACUUUAUCGCUGUCGAUGAACACCGGGCCACCACCACCACCACCACCGUCGCAGUCCUCCGACUUGGAAGCUCUACCACUUCUCAUAACAAACGGCGGCGAAAGCUCCUCCUCUAAUAAGAAACAACCCAAAUCAUCCGCUACUGAGGUAGACACUGAUAACGGCCCCAUUGAAGCUGUCCCAAGAAAAUCCAUGGACACAUUUGGACAAAGAACAUCCAUCUACCGCGGAGUAACCAGACAUAGAUGGACAGGAAGAUACGAAGCUCAUCUAUGGGACAAUAGUUGCAGAAGAGAAGGACAAACCAGAAAAGGAAGACAAGUCUAUUUAGGAGGUUAUGACAAAGAACAAAAGGCUGCUAGAGCCUACGAUUUAGCAGCACUUAAAUACUGGGGUACCACUACCACCACCAACUUUCCAAUUAGUGAUUACGAGAAAGAGUUGGAAGACAUGAAGCAUAUGACCCGACAAGAGUUUGUAGCGUCUCUAAGAAGGAAGAGUAGUGGGUUUUCUCGUGGAGCUUCCAUUUACCGUGGAGUAACAAGACACCAUCAGCACGGGAGAUGGCAAGCAAGAAUAGGGAGAGUUGCUGGAAAUAAAGAUCUUUACUUGGGAACUUUCAGUACGCAAGAGGAAGCAGCGGAGGCAUACGACAUAGCCGCCAUAAAGUUUCGAGGACUAAAUGCCGUGACCAACUUCGACAUGACUCGUUAUGAUGUCAAAGCCAUUCUCGAAAGUAACACAUUGCCUAUUGGUGGCGCUGCGAAGCGCUUAAAAGAUAUUGACCACUCUGACAUUCCUCUACAUCCUCAAUCAACUGAUGAAAACAUAUCAUCGCAUUUAUCUAAUGGAAUAAUUACUUCCGGGGGCGGUGGAUGGCCAACUCUCGCCUUCCACCACCACCACCCCUACGCCUCUCACUACCCUUAUGGUGCACUACAGCAACGGCUGUGGUGCAAGCAAGAGAACGAUGUCAGUGCCGGGAACUUCUUGGACUCGAUGGACCAGAGCUCUGGGUCGAGCUCGGUGGUUUAUAGUAGAGAUGGGUACGGUGGGAACUUCGUGAUUCCGAUGGGAGCGGAAGGGGGUGGAUUGGGAGACAUUGGAGAAGUGAAUAUGUUUGGUGGUGGUUGUAACGUGGAUGAUCCAUUCCAUGCAACAAGAACGAGCAAUUUGUAUAAUUAUAAUAAUUCCUCCCAUCAGCUGCAACAACCACCGCCGGAGCUGCAAGGCUCCUCCGGCAACAACUGGCUUCCGCCAGCCAGGUCGGUUUGUCACGGCGGAACUCCGCCGCCUUUCACCAUUUGGAAUGACACUUAA